UAAUUUAUAAUAAUCCAAGGUUUUCAAGUACAAUAAUAAAGAGUUGCCGGAUUCUUAAAGCAGUGACCGUUAUGAAUAUCCACAACAGCUGGCAGCUGCAGUCAAGAGUCGAUUGACACAAUAAACGUAAAUUUGUAACAAGAAAAAAAAAAUUAAUAGCGAGAAAUGCUCUUUCCAACCGAUUGCGCCUAAAGUGCAGAGAUGCCUGAAAGGAAAAACUCAGCUCGACGCCAAUGACAUGUGAUUGCGCACGCACCUGACUGAAUUUAGCUACGUGCAGCGUAAGAUAGGAUUGCCUGAAUUCGAAAUUCGCAGCAGCGACAGGCUGCCUGGUGCGCUGGGCGUGCUUGUGCAUUGAAUUCGCGCAUCGCCCGAACCCAAUUGCACGGAGCCAAAGCCGGAGGCAGUCCCACAGCAAACACACAUGACCGUGCUACGGGCGGCACCAAGAACGUGACACAUGGCGAUGUACUUUUAUGCCAAUAAGAUAUCGGCCAUUGUCUGCGGCGCGCGUUGCAAGCAAGCCGUGCUGCAAAAGUCGCGUGGAUCGCGGGAUCGAGACAAGGACAAAUGCCGGCGACAUCGCCAUCGACAUCGGAGCAGACGACGCACCAGCCGCUGCCCAGAGAGCAGCUCCGACAGCGAGACGAGCGCCGACGACGGCUGCUGUGGCCACGACAACGUCCUGGACGAUGCCACAGCUCAGCCAGAUGUGGGCAUUUUCCUGCUCAAUGCCAGCAGCGCGAAUGCAGAGGCCGCACAGCUCGGCCUCGAGCUGGGCUUCACCAACGAGGGCAUGCGUCUGCGGCGUCGCCACAGCGCCGAGCAGCUGAACGCACACGAUUUGGAGCUGGGACUGCAGCAGUUCAAGCUCGCAGCAAAGGAUGACCCCGUUCAGUAUGAUGUGCCCAAAAAUACGCACAAGCGCAGCCAAUGUGAUAUCAACUUUGAGAGUUCUGUUUUGGGUGCCGGCGGCAUCAUGUAUAUAAAUGGUAAAAUUGUUUCCGGCCCACUUGAAUCAUUCCCCGAGGUGCUCAAUCCCAAAAAUGUCAUGGACUUAGAUAAGGAAUUUCUGUUCUCAUUUUUAUUGUCGUCACGUCUGUUUAUGCGGCCUCACGAGUUGCUCGGCAAACUGCUGGCCUCGGUGGCCGAGGGCAAGUGUUUGGAGACGUUGGUCGCCCUGUUGGCCGAGUGGACGCAGAAGUUCCCAUACGAUUAUCGUGACGAGCGCAUGAUGAAUCAUGUAAAACAUAUCGUUGCUAGAUGUUCCAAUUCACAUUUAGAAGCCAUAGUCUCCCAAGUACUAAGUGCCUUACUUCAACGUUUGACUGAUUUAGAGCAGCACGAGGCCGAUCUGCGUGCCUGCCAGACCAACAGUGACAAGGUCGUUGCACCAAUCAACUGCCCCACAGCCACUCAAUAUGCACAAAUAUUGUGCCGACUGGAAAAGAAGCUGGCCAAGCACAUUGGCCCAGAGGAGUUUGUGCAGUGCAGCAGCAUGGUGCUGUUGGAUAAGCAGAAAAAAUGGGACCAACCUAUCUCCUCGGGCGGACCACCGGGUGUCCAGGACCCGAAGAAGACCUGUAAUCUGGAAACGUAUCUGGACUGGUCGGCACGUCUGCGCCUGUUCGUCUGCAACGAGAUACUGCAGUGCACCGGAAUUGAGGACCGCAGCCGUACGGUUGAGCUCUGGAGCGGCGUUGCCCAGUACUGUCUGCUCGUGGGCAAUUACAACAGCGCCACGGCCAUCUUGGAGUCACUCGAAUCACCUGCCAUAGCGAGACUUAAAAUAACGUGGAGCAAAUUGCAAGUGACAUGUCAACAAUUGGAUUGCAUGCAACGGCAUGCCGAGGGACACGGGCAUUUAUGGCAGAAGCAGGCAAUCGUUCUAAAUGAGCAGCAGCAAAGUCUAAAGACUGAUAAGCAGCCUAGGGCCGCAUCAUCAACAUCAUCAUCAUCGAUAGCGAAAAACUCAUCAACAACAUCAUCGGCAGCAGUGGAAGUAGCAGCAGCACCGACAACAACAACAAUGAGCCCCUCCAUCCCCUCGACAUCCGGUGCUCUGGAAGAUUUGGUUGAGCAGCCAUCGACAAGUGCCAGUGGGCAGCCAGUUGGCAUAACAGGCAUUUCCGGUUUCAAUGCAAUGCCAGCGUCAUUGGAGAAGGCGUCGCUAGAGGUGCCCACGGCUGGCAGCAGCAGCAGCAGCAACAAUCUAGAGGCAGCCACAGCCACACCUACACCAACAGCAGCAGCAGCAGCAGCCCCAACUAUUUGUGGCAAGCCCAAUGAUUGGGUUGUUAUUCCAGUGUUUGCGGAUAUUGUUAAAUUGGCGCUGGCCGAACGGGAAAACUGUUUGCAAUGCUUACCGAAUGGCCACAUCAAUGUGAUUGCCUUCGAUCGAAUGGCGGCCAUUGUCGGCGCCUUUACCAAGCACAUGCAGGCAAUGAAAUCGACACAGGCGCCAUCUAGCGGCGAGUACGAGCACUUCUGCACCCAUAUGCAGCGAACUACGAAACUUAGUGAAGCGGGUAAGUAAUAUUGUAAAU